AAGAUAACACUGGCCUCAGAGCUCAGGUGAGACCUAGAGAGAGAAAGCUCGCGGGUACCUCCUCCGCUUUCUUUUCUUAUCUGCCAGCCCUCUCAUCCAACAGCUUGGCCCUCGGCAGGCUGUGCGCACAGCAUGGAAGGGCGCACCUUCACCCCGUGGUUCGGGCGGCGGAGACGCGCUGGGCGUGCUCGCCAUCCAGGAGCGAAAAGUUGUGCGUCCACUUGGUAGGGAGAAAGAGAGCGGAGAGCUAACGCGCGAGAGAGCUGGGGAAAGCAGGGAGGGGGCGGGGUGGGGGGCCGCUUACACGAAUUUCCAAGUGGUAGACCUGCCUCUGCGCUCUGCCCAAUGAGAUCCGUCAGGGGAGGCACCCGGCUCACUUUUCCACAUCACUUCACAGUUACAUUUGGCAGGCAGGCGGGCUCGCACGCCGAAGCGCUCAGCCCAGAAUUAGUGGAUUUUAUUUGGAAUCUCCCUGCCUCCUCGAAGCUCCUCCGCCACCACCGGUUUGUGCAUAGACGGUAGCGUCCAUCCGCCAGCUGCACUUUGGGCUGCGGACACCCGGAGCCCAGCGCGCCUGCCCCGCGUCUCCGCACCAAGCUCCGCAGCUCCGAGAGGCAUGAACGGAAUCUGGAGGCGCCUGCCCAGUGCACCGGGACCGGUCAGCACUGGCCGCCCUGGAGAGCGGACCCCGAUCCCCUCAAGCCAUUUGUGAACCAGGAGGCUUGAAAUUCACCAGCUCAGAGCCCCGUAAGAGAAAUUUCAACGGAAAGGAAAGCCAAUGGAUUGUGGUCUUAGAAAAGCUGCUUAGAUGAUGUCUGUUUCCAGAGCUUUCAGCACGUGGCAGAGCUGUAAGUAAGCACUCGGCACUGCAUGAUGAAUUGGAUGGCUGCAGACCGGAGGCAAACAAAAUAAUUGUCUCAUUUUCGUGGUGAUUUGCUUAACUGGUGGGACCAUGCCAGAACGGCUAGCGGAAAUGCUCUUGGAUCUCUGGACUCCAUUAAUAAUAUUAUGGAUUGCUCUCCCCCCUUGCAUUUACAUGGCUCCGAUGAAUCAGUCUCACUCUCACGUUUUAAUGAGUGGAUCCCCUUUGGAACUAAACAGGCUGAGUGAAGAACAGCGGAUUUUGAACCGCUCCAAAAGAGGCUGGGUUUGGAAUCAAAUGUUUGUCCUGGAAGAGUUUUCUGGACCUGAACCGAUUCUUGUUGGCCGGCUACACACAGACCUGGAUCCUGGAAGUAAAAAAAUCAAGUAUAUCCUCUCAGGUGAUGGAGCUGGGACAAUCUUUCAAAUAAAUGAUGUUACUGGAGAUAUCCAUGCCAUAAAGAGACUUGACCGAGAGGAAAAGGCUGAGUACACCCUAACAGCUCAGGCAGUGGACUGGGAGACGAACAAACCUCUUGAGCCUCCUUCUGAAUUUAUUAUUAAAGUUCAAGACAUCAACGACAAUGCACCUGAGUUUCUUAAUGGACCCUAUCAUGCUACGGUGCCAGAGAUGUCCAUUCUGGGUACGUCUGUCACUAAUGUAACAGCUACGGAUGCUGAUGACCCAGUUUAUGGAAACAGUGCAAAGCUGGUUUAUAGUAUCUUGGAAGGGCAGCCUUAUUUCUCCAUUGAGCCUGAAACAGCUAUUAUAAAAACUGCUCUUCCCAACAUGGACAGAGAAGCCAAGGAGGAGUACCUGGUUGUUAUCCAAGCCAAAGAUAUGGGUGGACACUCUGGUGGCCUGUCCGGGACCACGACGCUCACAGUAACCCUUACUGAUGUUAAUGACAAUCCUCCAAAAUUUGCACAGAGUCUGUAUCACUUCUCAGUACCAGAAGAUGUGGUUCUUGGCACUGCAAUAGGAAGGGUCAAGGCCAAUGACCAGGAUGUUGGUGAAAAUGCACAGUCCUCUUAUGACAUCAUUGACGGAGAUGGAACAGCACUCUUUGAAAUCACCUCUGACGCCCAGGCCCAGGAUGGCAUUAUACGACUAAGAAAGCCUCUGGACUUUGAGACCAAGAAAUCCUAUACUCUGAAGGUAGAGGCAGCCAAUGUCCAUAUUGACCCACGUUUCAGCAGCAGGGGACCCUUUAAAGAUACGGCUACGGUUAAAAUUGUUGUGGAGGAUGCAGAUGAGCCUCCUGUCUUCUCUUCACCAACAUACCUCCUGGAAGUUCAUGAAAAUGCUGCUCUGAACUCCGUGAUUGGGCAAGUGACUGCUCGUGACCCUGAUAUCACAUCCAGUCCUAUAAGGUUUUCCAUCGACCGUCACACUGACCUGGAGAGACAGUUCAACAUUAAUGCAGAUGAUGGGAAGAUCACUCUGGCAACACCACUUGACAGAGAAUUAAGUGUGUGGCAUAACAUAACAAUCAUUGCAACUGAAAUUAGGAACCACAGUCAGAUAUCACGAGUACCUGUUGCUAUUAAAGUGCUGGAUGUCAAUGACAACGCCCCUGAAUUCGCAUCCGAAUAUGAGGCAUUUUUAUGUGAAAAUGGAAAACCCGGCCAAGUCAUUCAAACAGUGAGUGCCAUGGACAAAGAUGAUCCCAAAAAUGGACAUUAUUUCUUAUACAGUCUCCUGCCAGAAAUGGUCAACAAUCCAAAUUUUACCAUCAAGAAAAAUGAAGAUAAUUCCCUCAGCAUUUUGGCAAAGCAUAAUGGAUUCAACCGCCAGAAGCAAGAAGUGUAUCUUUUACCAAUCAUAAUCAGUGACAGUGGAAAUCCUCCACUGAGCAGCACCAGUACCCUGACGAUCCGGGUCUGUGGCUGCAGCAAUGAUGGUGUUGUCCAGUCUUGUAACGUUGAAGCUUAUGUCCUUCCCAUUGGACUCAGUAUGGGCGCCUUAAUUGCCAUAUUAGCAUGCAUCAUUUUGUUGCUAGUCAUUGUGGUGCUGUUUGUAACUCUGCGGCGACAUAAAAAUGAGCCAUUGAUUAUCAAAGACGAUGAAGACGUUCGAGAAAACAUCAUUCGCUAUGACGACGAAGGAGGAGGGGAGGAGGACACAGAGGCUUUUGACAUUGCAACUUUACAAAACCCAGAUGGAAUUAAUGGAUUUUUACCCCGUAAGGAUAUUAAACCAGAUUUGCAGUUCAUGCCAAGGCAAGGGCUUGCUCCAGUUCCAAAUGGUGUUGAUGUCGAUGAAUUUAUAAAUGUAAGGCUGCAUGAGGCAGAUAAUGACCCUACGGCCCCACCAUAUGACUCCAUUCAGAUUUAUGGCUAUGAAGGCCGAGGGUCUGUGGCUGGCUCCCUCAGCUCCUUGGAGUCCACCACAUCAGACUCAGACCAGAAUUUUGACUACCUCAGUGACUGGGGUCCCCGCUUUAAGAGACUGGGCGAACUCUACUCUGUUGGUGAAAGUGACAAAGAAACUUGACAGUGGAUUAUAAAAAAAAAAAAAAAAAUUCCAUGGAACUGAGCAUUCUGUAAUAUUCUAGGGUCACUCCCCUUAGAUACAAACCAAUGUGGCUAUUGUUUUAGAAGCAAGUUUAGCACCAAUCAUCUAUAAACUCAACCACAUUUUAAUGUUGAACCAAAAAAAAAUAAUAAAAAUAAAAAGUAUAUGUUAGGAGGUUAUAAAUCUUGUGGAGUGUGAAUUAAGUAUGUGGAGUGUCUAGAAGUCUUUGGAUAUUUGAUAUUUACCUGACUACCACAGACAAAGAUUGGGAUCCUAGCUAAUCUUUAGAGAAAUGGUUUAAAAAGAGGAAAAAAUCAAAAUUAAAAGGUGCUUUCUUAGAAAAAAAAAAUGGACCUGCAAGGAAUCUGCUGCUGAUUUGUGUCUUCUUCAAGGAUUUUUAUGAAUGCAAAUGGUUUUUUCCCCUUCACCAAUAAGGAUCCCGCCACAAAUGAUAAAGCAAUACUUGGUCUGCUGUACAUUAUGACUUUUUGGAGUUUCGGGAGGCCUCCUAGAUUAUACGGUACGGUGACCACACAUUGUACAUAAUUGUUGGCCCCACUCACCAGAGACUGAAUAGCAUCUUUAAAUAUUGUGUCGAGCCUUAAAAUAUUCACAUGUUCGUAAUCCAUUCCAGGGUGGGGAUUGCCAACUCAGUGGUGGGAGGAGAGAAAUCCCAUUCAAACAGCUUGUUUCUAGAAGCAGGAUUCCUCCUUCCCUCCACCUCAUCUUCUUCCACAAGGACACAAAGAUAAAACUGUAUCCCAUAGUGGACUAAUUAAGAGACAGAUGGUUUUAUUGCUAGCGCGUGGAUUUAUUUGUUUAAUCCUCAAAAUAAAUAUUUUAUUGAUGUCCAUUAAUGCUUUUAUUUAUUAAGGUUGGUACUCUAUAGAUUAAGGGACUAUAUGAGAAAAGAAACCUAAAUUAUAUCCAUUAUUAAGACUUUAGAUUGUUUUAUAUAAAUAUAUAUACAAUGAAUGUUUAAUACAUGUACAUUUUGAUGAGAUAAGUAUGGAAGGCAAUAUUAUGAAAAGGAGAGCUAAUAGUCUCUUUAGAGUAGGAAGUGUUAUUGUGACUGGUGAUGGCAGGAACAGCAUUUUCCCAGAGAAACUAAACGGACUGUUUUCUAUUUUGUUCAUAAUCCUAGUAUUUGGUGUUUUUACUACAAGCACAAACAUCUGAAAGUAUAUUGAUUCCUGUGAAUAUUUAAACUCUAGACUUUUAGAUACCUACCUAAUGCCCUGUCCAAUAAACAUGCUUCAAGUUGCCCCUACUAUUUUAGAAACAGGAACUGAUUUGUACAUAAUUUUACUGCUUCUGUUUUUAGCACUUCUGUCCCUGAUCACAGUGAUCCACAGAAUGUUUUAGGCUACAAAGAAAAAAAAAAGAGCAGAACUAGAAGAUGUGAGCAUAUUUAAUUUGUAAUGCAAACCUGCCAUUUAGGAGUAGAAAAUGUAUGAUAAAACUCAAGUAUUACAUGCAGAUCAUUUUAAUUUUCUACUUUGCUUUAAUGCAACAUUGUUUAUUUACUCCAUGUAUUGUAUUCAGAGAAACUCCUGUAUUGUUUCCUACUUUGUGAAAUAUAUUUUUAUAAAUACCUUUGUUGUCAUCAUUUUUUUCCAGCCAAAUGAAGACCUGAUAUUAACAAAAUUAUCAACUCUAACUAAUAUCCUAAAGGGUUCUUCCAAAUCAUCCCAAGGAACACUUUUAUUUAUUUGAGUCUUCAUUAUAAAGAACUAGAGAAGAGAAAUGGCUUGAUAGCUUUCAUAUAGCAAGAUAUAAGCAGAAACAUAAAAGGAAUUUAAAAUAACUAAAAGUUUGCCAAUUGUACUUUUGGGUACUUCUGGAAAGGGAAGUGGUACUGGGCUGGAAGACUUCAGACAAGAUGGUAGGUCUACAACUUAUGAAAAUGAAGGGAUCAGAGAACUGGAUUUGACAAGAGAGCCUUAGACUGCAACAUAAAUCUGGCAAAAUUUCUGUCAGUGCAUUCAGAGGGUUCUGGAAUGAGAGACUGUCCACUAGAGCAAGAUAUCACAGGGUCAAUGUAGUGAGGCUCUGGUCACCUGCCAUCUCAAUCGCUGGCUUGGGGAUGCCUAAGGAAAGCAUGGAUCUGGCUUGCAAAUUGAAGGCACCAAGUUCUAGUAACUGCCUCCUUUGUGACAGCAACAAAACACUUGAAUGUUAUAAAAGAAUUUAGUAGCUAUCCAAUGGUUUAAUCAAAUCCUUUUUGAGACCCCUCUUUUUGUGAAUGAUUCAUCUUAUAUGCUUAUCCCAGAGGCUAUUGAAUACUCUUUCUGAGGUCAAAGUGAUGAUCCAAAGUGACUUUUAUAAUCACCAGGUUAGCACAGUGUCUAAAACAAGUAUCUGAUGAAUAUAAGUUAUCAACAGCAGUUGAAGUAAUAAUAAUCAAUUUUUAACAAUAUUCUAACUAUCUUACACAUUCCAAAUCAAGGUGAAAUUAUUUAUUUUUAUUUAUCUCUGUUAUAUCAGACUCAUUUCUGACUUGUUUACAGUGAAGUGCCACAGAUUAAACAAAUAUAUCUACCCAAAAAUAACACUAUUUUUCUUUGGGAAAAUUAAACCUAUGUACUCCUGUUAGGAAUCAGUAGGUUAUCUUCACAUGGUAGUUUUGUGGGAAGGAGAUAAUAAAUGGUAUACCAGUUGUCCCAAACUUGCUUCAAAAUUUAUUUUACUUAGGAAGAGGGGAUGGAAAUAUUUAGAUUCCUUACUAAAUUUUUACCAUCACCAUCUUAGCAUUUUGUGCUUAAAAGCCAAUUCCAAAUUUUGUAACAUGGGGUGAAAUGAGUAAUGCUGUGUUCAUUAUAAAGACUACACUAUAUGAACUAUGCUUUUAGAAUAUCAUGAAUUUAUAUGAAGAUCCAAGGAAUAU